AAGUAUAAAAAGCUUUUAGUUUUGUGUUCAGUAGUUAAGAACCCCAGUUUUGUUAUCUGCUAAAUGCCAUUGUAAUGUCUAUCUGUCCGCCCUGUUACUGCAUCCCUCUCGCAUUGCAGUUUAUGAGGAACACCACCAUUCUUAACACAGGCACUGGAUUCACUGGAACUAUCAAGAGAUUGGUUGCUAAAGAGAUGCACAUAUAGAUUUCUAAUAAUAAUCUAGUUUUUAAAAAAGAUAGACGAAUAAAGCAUCCUACGUGCAACCUGUCAGUGUUUAUUUUGCACAGAUAGCAACCCUGAGACCCGUGCUUUAGCAUCAUUCUCCUCCUUAUCUCGCUUCCCCGACACACUGCAGCUGCUGCUUUGUCAGGGAACAUCCGAAGCAACGUAAUAUCUGGGAUGAUGGAGUUUCGGCUGUGGUGUAGACUAAUCGGUUGCUUCCUGGGGAUAUUCGCCAUGAUCCUCGCAGGGAUCUCUGCUUUGAAAGCAGAGGAGGACCAGUCCCAAGACCUGGAGUGCAAAAUGAAGAGCGUCACCGUCUCCGCGUUGCCGUUUUUGAGGGAGAACGACUUGAGUAUCAUGCACAGCCCGUCUGCCUCGGAACCCAAGCUCCUGUUCUCUGUCAGGAACGAUUUUCCUGGAGAAAUAGUGGUGGUGGACGACCUGGAAAACACGGAGCUGCCCUUUUUUGUGCUAGAAAUUUCAGGCAGUGCUGAGGACAUCCCUCUGGUGAGAUGGAGACAGCAGUGGCUGGAGAAUGGAACUUUGCUCUUCCACAUUCACCACCAAGACAGCAGCCAAAAUCUACCAGGCAUGUCCCCUACAGACUACCCAUCAAACGAGUCUGCUGAGGAGGAGCUGCGCAUCCUGCACAUCUCUGUCAUGGGAGGGAUGAUUGCUCUUCUCCUGUCUAUCCUGUGCUUGGUUCUGAUCCUGUAUACUCGGCGCCGCUGGUGUAAGCGCCGUCGGGUUCCUCAGCCCCAGAAGAGUGCCAGUGCGGAGGCGGCUAAUGAAAUCCACUACAUCCCCUCCGUGCUCAUGGGUGGCCAGGCCCGCGAGAGCCUGCGCAAUCCCCGUACCCAGUGCCACAACUCCACCCUCAGCAUCCGCGAGACCCCCAUCCUGGACGGCUACGAGUACGACAUCACAGACCUGCGCCACCAUCUGCAGCGCGAGUGCAUGAACGGGGGCAAAGACUUCACCAGCCAGGUCACCCGCACGCUGGACUCCCUACAAGGCUGCAAUGACAAGUCCAACAUGGACCUCACACCCGGGAGUGACAGUACCAAGCUGUCCCUAAUGAGCAAGUACAAGGAUAACAUCAUUGCCACCAGCCCUGCAGACACCAAUCACCAGCAUACAACUCUGCUCUCUCACACCUCCAGCAACCAGCGCAAGCGCCUAUCAAACAAAACUAGAGUGGGGUCAGCAUUCCUUAACCCGGAAGGGGAUUCGGGGACUGAGGCGGACAGUGAACCCCAGCUGACCUUUUACACUGACCCCUCGAGAAGCAGAAGACGUAGCCGAGGUAUGAGAAACGGUUCUCCACGAAGUCCAAUCAAUAAAACGACUCUGACUCUGAUCAGUGUUGUCAGCUGUGUAAUUGGUUUAGUCUACUCAUCUCACCUAACCUGCCCCCUUAAUGUCCGCAUCAUUCUCCACGUGCCUGAGCACCUCAUUGCAGAUGGAAGCAGGUUUAUUUUACAGCAGGGGAGCCAGCUGGACGGCAGGGACUGGUUGAAUCCAGCCCAGGUGCUGCUCUUCUACCAGCAGAAUGCCAGCGGGCCCUGGAUGGCUGAGCUGUGCGGACGUCGCCUGCUUGACCCCUGUGAGCACCAGUGUGACACUGAGACAGGGGAGUGUCAAUGCUUUGAUGGCUACAUGAGAGAUCCUGUCCACAAGCAUCUCUGCAUUCGGAACGAAUGGGGACCAAAUCAGGGUCCUUGGCCGUACACCAUAUUCCAGCGUGGCUUUGACCUGGUGAUGGGGGAGCAACCUUCUGACAGAAUAUUUAGGUUCACCUACACUCUCGGAGAAGGGAUGUGGCUGCCCCUCAGCAAGAGUUUUGUCAUCCCACCUGCCGAAUUGGCCAUCAACCCCUCUGCCAAAUGCAAAACAGACAUGACCGUAAUGGAGGAUGCUGUGGAAGUCAGGGAGGAGCUGAUGAUCUCCUCAGCCUUUGACAGUCUGGAGGUCCUGCUCGACUCAUUCGGGCCGGUGCGUGACUGUUCUAAAGACAAUGGCGGAUGCAGCCGGAACUUCCGCUGCAUCUCUGACCGCAAACUGGACUCUAGCGGCUGUGUGUGCCCACCAGGUCUGAGCCCGAUGAAGGAUGGCACAGGAUGCUAUGAUCACCACAUUGGGAUUGACUGCUCGGAUGGCUUGAAUGGGGGGUGUGGACAGCUGUGUCUUCAGCAGUUGGCACCCUUGGCUGAAGACUCUUCUCUCUACAACAUCCUUAUGUUCUGUGGUUGCAUUGAAGACUAUAAGCUGGAGCCUGAUAGACGGUCUUGCCAGCUCCUUUCUGAGUCAUGCACUGAAGGCCUAGACUGCGGGGAGCCGGCCGACAUCCCAGCCAACCAGACAGUCUUUGGGGACGUCUUUUACGGCUACAAUAAUCACACCAAGGAGCUCACGUCAGGACAGAUCCUAAAGGCGACUUUCAGACAGAAGAAUUUUGCCCGUGGGAUUGAGAAGCAGCUACCAGAUGCCAUGGUGGUGGCGUCAGUCCCGACAGAGGUCCAGUGCCAGGAGGAGCUGUCUGACCCAGUGCCUGACCCUGAAUACCUGACAGGUAUGGUAAAUUACAGCGAGGUGUCUGGCUAUCCCCUGGUUCAACAGUGGAAACUGAAAUCCAUUAUGUAUCAUGUCAGACUCAAUCAAUGGGCACUUUCAAAGGCCUUCAAUGCUGCAGUCCAUUCCUUGGAUGGAGCCACCCUGCGGAGUGAUUAUAUGUCUGUCCUAAAGGACUUUGGCAACCAUUUUGUCCAGGAGGCGGUCUAUGGGUUUGAGGAGAUGUGUACCAUCUGGUACCCCAAUAAACAGGUUCAGAGACAGUUAUGGGCAGAGUACCAAGACAUCAGCAAAGGGAAUUCUCCUUCUGAUGAAUCUGAAGAACGAGAAAAGGAACCCAAGACGCUCACUUUCCCAGCAUAUAUUGCCAGCCUAUUGGACUCGGGUGCCAAGAGAAUGGCGGCAGGUGUCCGGAUGGACUGUGGAAGUCAGGGUCAGUGCCCCUCGACCUGUCACUUGUGUCACAUGAACCCUGGGUCAGGACGCUCCAUGGAGCCAGUGCUGCUCCAGAUCACCAAGGCAGCACCUCUGUAUGAGCUGGUCUCCAACAACGAAACCCAGAGGGCACUGCAGAAAGCCAUGAUGAGCAUGCUGUGGUGCUCAGGAAGUGGUGAAGUCAUCGAUGACUGGUGCAGGUGUGACUCCAGUGCUUUUGGAGCAGACGGACUUCCUACCUGUGCAGCCCUUCCACACCCUGUGUUAAGGUUAUCUCAUGCCUAUGAACCAAGCAGCUCAUUGGUUGUCUUGGAAUGGGAGCACACAGAACCACCAAUUGGGGUGAGGAUUGUUGACUACCUCAUUAGCCAGGAGAAGGUGACGGAGAGGACAGACCAUUCGAAGGUGGAGACAGAAGCCAUGCUGAGUUUUGUGGAUGAUAUCCUUUCUGGCACCAAGUCUCCCUGUGUGAUGCUGGGGGGAAUCCCAGACCAGCUGACCUCAUCCAUUAGCAUGAUAAUCCGUUGCUUGGAGCCUGACACAACCUACAUGUUUCGGCUCUGGGGAGUGGAUAACACAGGUCGCAGGUCCAGGCCGAGUGAAGUGACAAUCAAGACACCCUGUCCGGCAGUGGAUGAUGUGAAAGCACAAGAAAUAGCUGACAAGAUCUACAACCUGUUUAAUGGUUACACCAGUGGAAAGGAGCAACAGACUGCCUACAACACCCUGAUGGACCUGGGCUCUCCCAGCUUACACCGUGUUCUCUACCACUACAACCAGCGGUACGAGAGCUUUGGCGAGUUUACUUGGCGCUGCGAGGAUGAGCUAGGGCCCAGGAUUGCCAAGGUAAAUGAAUGCUCAGGGUCUCCGGCUGGUCUUUACUGGAAAGUGGAAGCAAAUCAACAGUACUGUAAAUACAGGCUGGCAAUACAGUUACUUGUCCACAUAGCACUACACAAACAAAACAAUCUGGCAGAGGGAAGCAACACUAAGGACUACCACCACUGGCGCUGUAUCCAAUCCAUUCCUUCAAUAAAAAGAGUAUAGUCUAUGAUCAUUCAUGGAGUACUGUGGAUAUUACAGGAAUGAGAACGGCCAGAUAAACAAAAGUGUCACAUAUAAAUGUGUAAUUAGAAUAAAUGUACAAAAUGGCAGUUUUCCAAAUGCAAGCAUGUUAAAAACAUUACGCAUAAUGUGUAAAUCAUGGCUUUGUAUGGGCAGUUUUAAGGAGAUCAGAAUUUAAACUAGAAUUCAAUCAAGUGGUUUUUUUCUUUGUUUGUUUUUAGGUGUCAGAUACAAAUGUAAAUACUCCUAUAACAGCCAAAGGGAACUGCCCCAAAGUGUUAACUAGUGAAUUGGAAGGGUUUAUUGAGCAGCAGUGUGGAGUAGUGGUUAGGGCUCUGGACUCUUGACCGGAGGGUCGUGGGUUCAAUCCCCGUGGAGGACACUGCUGCUGUACCCUUGAGCAAGGUACUUUAACCAGAUUGCUCCAGUAAAAACCCAGCUGUAUAAAUGGGUAAUUGUAUGUAAAAAUAAUGUGUAAAAAAUAAUGUAAUUAAAUGUAAAAAAUAAUGUGAUAUCUUGUAACAAUUGUAAGUCGCCCUAGAUAAGGGCGUCUGCUAAGAAAUAAAUAAUAAUAAUAAUAAGUAGUAGUGGCAUGGGGAAUGAGUGUCUUCCUUUUUUGUCCACAUGAUGUCACUCUAAAUGUUUAACCUGCCUUUGUGGUUAGCCGUUUGCAAUCUACUGCUUGCAGACUUGACCAUCUGAAGUGGUAAGCAGUGCAUUCCCUAAGGUGAGCCUUGCUUGUACAUUAAUUCAAACUGUGGUACCUGCAGAUGAAUGAAUACCUGUAAAAACUCCUUGAGAUGCAAAUCAUCCCAUUUUCAGGGGGGUCCUAGGGAGCAGCAGUUCACUCAGUUACAGUACAACAAACACCAUUCACACAAUAUACAAUUUCUUCAAAAUAAUAACAACCAAUGCAUACCAUUUAAACAAAACAAUUAGAUAAAGCAAACUUCUUUCUUAAAACAAAGUGUCUUGAUACUCUCUUAACCCUGUACAUUUGAGAUCUUAAAGAAGUGAAGGGGCUGAAGCUGUAUCUGAUAUUAGUUUUAUUUAUCAUCAUUGCUGUUGUUG